UCUGAGAGGAAGAGAAAGGCAGGGACGGGACAGGAGUCGGAUUACAAGAUGGCGGCCGCGCCGCGGUGGUAGUCGCUGCUGCUGCUGCUACUGCUCGCCUGGUGACGCUGAGUGGGGGGGGGACUCUGAAGAGGAGGCGGAGGCAGAGGCGGCAGGCCCGGGCGCCAUGAGAAGCGGCGAGUUAAAGGGCUCCUGAGCGGCGGCGGCGCCCUCCUCUCCUUUCCCUUCCCUUCCUCAGUACCUCGCAGUCCGGCCGGGCCGGGCCGCGCACCAUGUCGGACACCCGGCGGCGGGUGAAGGUCUACACGCUCAACGAAGAGCGGCAAUGGGACGACAGGGGCACCGGGCAUGUCUCGUCCACCUACGUGGAGCGGCUCAAGGGGAUGUCGCUGCUCGUGCGGGCCGAGUCGGACGGUUCGCUUUUGUUGGAAUCGAAGAUAAAUUCAAACACUGCAUAUCAAAAACAGCAGGAUACUUUGAUUGUUUGGUCAGAAGCAGAGAAUUAUGAUUUAGCCCUGAGUUUUCAAGAAAAAGCUGGCUGUGAUGAAAUCUGGGAAAAAAUUUGCCAGGUUCAAGGUAAGGACCCUUCAGUGGAAGUCACACAGGAUCUCAUUGAUGAAUCUGAAGAAGAGCGCUUUGAGGAAAUGCCAGAAACAAGUCAUUUGAUUGAUCUCCCUACUUGUGAACUUAACAAACUCGAAGAGAUUGCAGACCUAGUUACCUCAGUUCUCUCAUCUCCCAUCCGUAGAGAAAAACUAGCUUUGGCUUUGGAAAAUGAAGGCUACAUUAAAAAAUUAUUGCAGCUUUUCCAGCUUUGUGAAAACCUAGAAAAUACUGAAGGCUUACAUCAUUUGUAUGAAAUUAUCCGAGGAAUUUUGUUCCUCAAUAAAGCAACUCUUUUUGAGGUGAUGUUUUCAGACGAGUGCAUUAUGGAUGUUGUGGGGUGCCUUGAGUAUGACCCUGCAUUAGCUCAGCCAAAAAGGCACAGAGAAUUCUUGACCAAAACAGCAAAGUUUAAAGAGGUCAUACCCAUAACAGACUCUGAACUUAGGCAAAAGAUUCAUCAGACUUACAGGGUACAGUACAUCCAGGACAUCAUCUUGCCAACACCAUCUGUUUUUGAAGAAAAUUUUCUUUCUACUCUCACAUCUUUCAUUUUCUUUAACAAAGUCGAGAUUGUCAGUAUGUUGCAGGAGGAUGAAAAGUUUUUGUCUGAAGUUUUUGCACAAUUAACUGACGAAGCUACAGAUGAUGACAAAAGGCGUGAACUGGUUAACUUCUUCAAGGAGUUUUGUGCAUUUUCCCAGACAUUACAGCCCCAGAACAGAGACACAUUUUUCAAAACUUUGGCAAAGUUAGGAAUUCUUCCUGCUCUUGAAAUAGUAAUGGGCAUGGACGAUCUGCAAGUUAGAUCUGCUGCUACAGAUAUAUUUUCUUAUCUGGUAGAAUUCAGUCCAUCCAUGGUGCGGGAAUUUGUAAUGCAGGAAGCCCAGCAGAGUGACGAUGACAUUCUCCUCAUAAACGUAGUCAUUGAGCAAAUGAUCUGUGACACUGACCCCGAGCUUGGGGGCGCUGUUCAGUUAAUGGGGCUCUUGCGUACUCUAAUUGAUCCUGAGAACAUGUUGGCCACAGCUAAUGUAAGAAAAUGGAAAGGGAAAACCGAGAAAAGUGAGUUUCUCAAUUUUUUCUACAACCAUUGUAUGCAUGUCCUCACUGCUCCACUUCUGGCAAACACAUCAGAGGACAAAAGCGACAAAGAUGUGGUAGUUGGAAGCAACAAGAGUAAUACAAUUUGCCCAGACAACUACCAAACAGCACAGCUGCUUGCCUUAAUUUUGGAGCUGCUCACCUUUUGUGUGGAACACCACACAUAUCACAUCAAGAACUAUAUUAUGAACAAGGAUUUGCUGAGAAGAGUGUUGGUGUUGAUGAAUUCAAAACACACCUUUUUGGCACUGUGUGCUCUUCGUUUCAUGAGGAGGAUAAUCGGCCUAAAGGAUGAGUUUUAUAACCGUUAUAUCACCAAAGGAAACCUGUUUGAGCCAGUCAUAAAUGCUCUUUUGGAUAAUGGAACUAGGUACAAUCUGCUGAAUUCCGCAGUCAUUGAACUUUUUGAAUUCAUCCGAGUGGAAGAUAUCAAAUCACUCACUGCACAUAUAGUUGAAAACUUUUAUAAGGCACUUGAAUCCAUUGAAUAUGUUCAGACGUUUAAAGGACUGAAGACAAAAUAUGAGCAAGAGAAAGACAGACAAAGCCAGAAACUGAACAGUGUCCCAUCUAUACUGCGUAGCAACAGGUUCCGUAGAGAUGCUAGAACCUUGGAGGAUGAUGAGGAAAUGUGGUUCAAUGAAGAUGAAGAGGAGGAGGGUGAAGCAGUUGUACCCCCUGUAGAAAAAUCAAAGUCAGAGGACGAUUUUCCAGAUAGUUAUGAGAAAUUCAUGGAAACAAAAAAAGCAAAAGAGAGUGAAGACAAAGAGAAUCUCCCCAAAAGAACUUCAGCAGGUGGUUUCAAAUUCACAUUUUCCCACUCGGCCAGUGCAACUAAUGGAGCAAAUAGUACAAACAGUAAAUCUGUAGCAGCUCAGACGUCGCCAGCAAGUUCAAAUGGUUCUUCUUCUAAGAAUGCCAAUUUGACUGCAGCAGUCACAGCCACAAAGGGAAGUUUAGUCGGCCUUGUGGAUUAUCCAGAUGAUGAGGAAGAAGAUGAAGAGGAGGAAACAUCCCCAAGGAAAAGACCUCGUCUUGGCUCUUAAGAAUACUGAAACAAACUCUAAUUGAGGGUGCUUAAAUGCUGUGACUGAACUAAAUAGUCUGACAGAAAGCUUUCUCCCUGGAAAAAUACACGAGAAUGCAAGGAGUAGCAAAAGAAACUCGACCUAGAAGGGUUUAGUUCUGAGAACACCAGGCUUCCAAUCUCUUUCUAGUCAGUGAGUCUGCCAUUCGGGCUGUUAAAAAUUAAACUGAAAUGGUGGGUUACUAAUCAGCACCUGGAUGACAGGAUGCCAGCAAAAAGAACAUCUCGGGCUCUGUGAGGGGAUGGGACAAGUAACUUUUUUGAUAUUGCAGGGUUUCCCCAAGCUAGAAGAAAAUUGUAAGGCUUCAGUUGCAAACCUAGUAACAUGACUUUGUAAUGGUGCUGUCCAUUGUGGGUUUUUUUAAGCAGUUGCCUCUUAAAUGAUUCUCUUUCCAUAAAAAAGAAUUCAAAAGUUGGGGACCACUACUUGCAGUCAGCCAAAACACAGAGGGUAUCAUCACCCUGCUAUGUAGUGCAUGUUGAGUGGCAAAUUGAUUUCUUCCCCCUCCCCCAUCUAGUUUUUGGGACGAAAAAAGAAGCUUGGUUCAAAAUUGAAGAUGACUACAAGGAGCUGUUCAGGAAGGCUGGUACCCAAGGCUUAUCAGCUUGCAGUAAAAUAUAUAGAAAACAUCAAUAAGCCCUAGUGCUUGGAAGCAGCAUCUGAGUUGCAACUACCAGUAGCAUCUUAUGGGAAGCCAGGCCGAAUGGAGUUGCUCCCUGCUAGCUUCAGCAUUUUUUCCCCUUAAGGCAUCUGCAUUUCACAUUUGCAAGAGUAAAAAAGAGAGUACUGUGAAAUGCCAGGAGGUUUGGGGGCAUAGUCAUUUUUAAACAAUUGGGAGGUGGAGUCAACAUGCAGCACCUUGAACCUGGGAGUGGGGGGAUAGUACAAAGGCUGCUUCUUAACACAUUCCAUGUAUUUAAGCAAAUUUCUCAAAAAAAAGUACAUUAGGUAAAUUGAUUGAGGCAACCAUUUUGAGACCUUUUUUAUUUUGAGAGCAAGUGAACUGUAAAUAUUUUAAUGUUAGUUUGGCCAUAUAUGAUCUGAGAUCAUGCAGAAGAAAGAAUUCCCCCAAACUACAAAUUGCAUUAAGAGUGAUAAUGAACUAUGAAACCAGCAGCAAUUCACCAUAUAGAUCACUCUUGCAAUGUGUUAGGGUCCAUUUCUCCUGGAACAGUUAUUGACACAGUUUCCCUGUUUUGGAGAUUUUGUAGUUAAUUUUAAUUUUAGCUAUUGUUUGCAAAAGAUGGGCUGACUGUGUAGAUAUGAAGUAUAGUUUUUCCAUGAAACAGAAGUUUAUUUUGUAUUGAAAAAGAAAACCACUGUACUUGUUUUACACCAUUUGUAUACAUGUGGUGAUAUUAAUGCUGAACUGUAAAAUUCAGGAAUUAAAAUGUGACCCUGUAAUUCCAUAAUUAUUGGUUUUGUUUGGUUUGUUGUAAAUGGUAAGUUAAUUCAGAUUUUGAAAUGUGGCCAUUUUAGAGGGUUUUAAUGAGAUAGUUAUUUGUACAAAUUAAUCAUUAUAUGCCACCAAACCAAAUCUAGUGGAAAAAAUGAAUGUUCCCAGAUUUGAUUUGGUGUGUUGCAAUGACUGACAGUUAAUAUGGCCUGAAGGACAUAUCUCUGCCAUCUGGGGGCUCCAGGCAACUAAAAAUAGGGGCUUCCUUCUCACUUCAGCUGGAGACUACUUUGUUUGAAGGGAAGUGGGUGGCAAAACAUUUGGGCUGGUUCAGCAGUGUUACUAUGUAAGCUUGAUAUGCUCACUUUGUAUUCCUGGCAAGUCUGUCUCUCCUUCUCCCCCUGCCCCCAAACCCGCUAACAAUUUUCUUCUUAAGCUCUAUAUGAGGUGGAGACAUCUGGCCUGUCUCCAAGCUUUUAUUAAGCAAAUGAAAAAAGACCCAACACAUUUGGCCUCUCAUCUUCCAUCUAUUUUCAAAGACUGUUAAGAGCUUCAAGAACACAUGCAGACCCUGCGCCAUGAGUCACUUCUAUAGCCACAAUCAGUGUUUUUUAAAAAAAUAGUUUAAUGACAUGGAAAGUUAGGAGCAUUCGAAUAUUGGCUGACAAAUACUGUGCAAGAUGAAGCUCCUCCUUUUCAAGUUACACAAUCUGCCUCAGGUGCUUUCUUCCCCCCCCCCCUUCCACCUCCCUUGCCGCUUGUUAUGGUGGGUUGCUUUUUGCCACAGGACAGCCCACAUUUCAAAUGCCUGGGGCCCUUCAACUGAUUUUUUUUCAAAGAAAAAGAUUACAUCUGCCAACAUGUCUCAGUUAAAUACUAUUUUAAUAAAAAGUUACAUGAAAUGCG